AUGUGGAAAACAAAGAGUGUUGCUGUUGCCAUUGGGAACUUAAAUAAUGAAUAUGUUCUCAAUGGGUGCAGCUACCAAAGUCCAAAAGAAAUGUGGCCAAUCUGUCUCUUUUAUGGAGAAGACAGCCGUCUGAAUCUUGAGUUGAAUCUCGACGGCAAUUUAGCAUGGUUGAGCAACUGGGUCACCACUAUGGAGACAAGUGGUCAUUCUACUUUCGUUAUUGGCGAUUCCAUGUUUCUUGAUGCCAUGGCUGAGCCCUCGCUUGAUCCAACAAGCAAGGACAAGUUUUCCAUUUACAAUUAUGAGACGGUAGAUACCAAAGGCAAAGGGGAUCCAGUAACAGGACUUCGAUCGGGACUGGGAAGAACAAUUGAUCGAGAUCUUCCACAUGCUAUUUUAGAAG